AUGAGUAAAGGAGAGGUAGUCUUUCUGAGCGUUGGUGGCAUGAAGUUUACGACCUUUGCUGCCACGCUUAAGAGAUACCAGGACUCGAAAUUGGCACGCGUGCUGGAAGGAGGCGACCCUGACUUCCGAUUGGUCAACGGACAUCUCUUCGUAGACAGGGACGGUAGUUUAUUUCGAUACAUCCUGGACUUCCUGCGGACCCGCCAGCUCAUUCUUCCUCCCGGAUUCUCGGACCAUGACAGGCUGGUGAGGGAGGCGGAUUUCUACGACCUGCCCUCCCUGAUUGAUCUCAUCCACCAGGAUCGGCUGAAGCAGAGGCUUGAGAUUCUGGAGGUGAGGUUCUCCCUCCAGGAAACCUACUCCUAUUUCCGAGUCUUCUGCUCUUGCAACGGGACCAUUGAGACAUUAGCCGGUCGCAUUACCGUGUCUGCUGAGCAGCCCAGUCAGAACUGGAACCCCUCCUUCUCAGGUCACAGAUCCUUGGUUUCGAUUCCAUUGCAGAGACCUUCCCACCACGACCUGGUCUUCCAAUGUGGAACCGACUAUUCGGCUGGGGACGAGUUCUCGACAAGAUAUGUGUCCAUUCAGCCUGAUCAAAGAAAGCUUAUCAAUGGCAGCAAUGUACUGGGAUUACUUGUUGAUACUUUAUUAAGAGAAGGGUUUCGUCUUGUAAGUACUCGGACAGUUUCUCCCAAAGAGAAGAUUGAGUGUUACACAUUUGAACGAACCAGGAGAACUGAACUUCUCAACAUGUCAGUAGAGCAAGGAGCAAAUCGAAAUGUAACACAAUUCAAGGCAGAAAAAUCACAAUCCAAAAGGAAGUAA